CGGUAGGGGCCGUGGGCGUGUUGAGCGGGGGUGGGGUAUGGGCCGAGCGACGUACAACAGAGCAGUGUGCAUGAGAGCGUUGCGGGUGAAGGCAGCAGCAUCAGGUGGUGUGUACAGCGAGCGCGUCACGUGUGUUCUCUCUCUCCAUCAGUCACCUGCCACCCUGCAGUCCAGUGCUCCUCUAAACACUCCCUCAGCUCAAUCGUCAUAAUGGGUGUCCAGCGCGCCUCACCUUCCUCACUUGCCCCCCAGCGUGCCUCACCUUCCUCACUUGCCUCACAGCGUGCCUCACCUUCCUCACUUGCCCCCCAGCGUGCCUCACCUGCCUCACAGCGUGCCUCACCUUCCUCACUUGCCUCCCAGCGUGCCUCGCCUGCCUCACUUGCCUCCCAGCGUGCCUCGCCACCGCCCUCUGCAGCCGGUAGUAAGGGGCGCCGCCCCACUACCCUUAACGUGGGUGCUGUCUCCACUCCCACUAAGACUUCCCCCACGGCCAAGACUCCCACGAGCCCCGUGUCAGGAAAAUCCUCCCCUACCAGAUCUCCGACACCCAAGAAGGCUGGCAACGGCCAGAAGGUUACAGGACCGACCACCAGGACAACGACCAGCCCCCAGGGCCCCGUCCUUGCCACAGAGGCCCGCAGCAAGGUCCGCCCCUGUGGCUGCAACAGACGACACGGUGGCGGCGCUCACCACCACCCUUCCUCCCCUCCAGAGACUCCAAAGGAUGGCGGCCGUGGACGACCCAGAAGCGAGUCUCCGAGCAAGGCUCAAGCAGGGAGCCCCGCGGGCCCCCACACCCCUCAGGCUCCACAAGACGGACACAAGGUUCCUCUUAACACACAGACGGCCCUCUCUACCAAAACAGGAACUAAUAGGUACGUGAGCAGGCUGGUGUGGGUGCCGCGCAUGACGCCAGAGAGGUUCUCCACCACCAUCGUCGUGUCCACCCAACACCCGACCUUCACUGACGCCAUCUACAUCAAGCCACGGUAUCAGGAAACACAGUGUGAAGAGCAUUUAUACCAGCUGGGACAGACUGUGGAAUCUUACACGAGCCAUUCUGUGGGUGGCCGCAGGGCCUCAUCCAUCUUGUUUACACCAGUGGCAGUUUUGUAAGCCAUUAAUCAUUAUUACCCUCAUUUACAAUUGUUAUUAUAAGGUGAUAAAUGGGCAGAGUAUCAAUAUAUUGUAACACAAUAUUAUAUUCGAGAUCUUUUUAGUUUUGAAUUCUAAUUCAUGCAUCAAAUAAUAAUAUAGAAUUUCACACUCAUGGUAUAUACCACUAAUAUAGGUUUAAAAUUGAUGUGAGAUACAUCAAUGAGCAUCUAACUUUAAAACAAACCCAGGAAAUUGCUUCAUUGUGUCCGAACAAUGAUAAAUAUAUAUUUCCUGCUAUUUUUAAGUAUACUUUACUUAGUUUGAAUACACAAAUUCAUCUUUUAAUAUUUCCAGUAAAAUUUCAGCAUCAGCAAGCUGAAGGUGUUUACCCCUUCCCCCUUUUUCUUUCUUCUGAAGGCCAUGUUAGUCUAAAUCUGGGAACUAGAUUUUUCCAUUUUCAAUCUGAUAUUUGCUCGAAUGAUCUUGGUACACUAGACCAAAAUUACAUUACCGGAGAAGAAAAAUGUUUUAAUCUCAUCAUCUCCAUCAUGCUGGAAAGUUGCAUAAUUGUUAAUUUAAAAUUCCAUUUGUAAUAUUUGCAGAAAUAUGAGACUUUUUGUACAGUGCUGCAUAGCAUAUUUACAUGAUUAGUAAGCCUACAUCUGCAGAAAUAAUACUAGGUUACAUUAUUUAAGAUCCUUUUUUAUAGUCCUAUUGAAUAGUAUAUGGACUCUCAAAUCAUUUAAUAAACAUUUUCAAUUAAUAACUUUAUUUACUGUAUUGUAUUAUAACGUUUUGUCAAAUUUAUUUUCUUGAUAUAGUAUUUAAAGGUAAAAAAUAUUUACUGCUACAGGGUAUACAAUUAAUUCCUUUGACUGCAACUACAUAUUCAGUGAAUGCUAUAAAUUGCAAGAGUGGCAUUAUUGAAUGAACACGUUUAGAGUUGAAGAAAAUGUACUAGGCCCAGUUGAUUAUUCAGCACAAUUUCAGCCUCAAAGAACAGUUAUGGUCUGUAUGGUCUAUGAGGUAAGUUUUCCCAAGCCUCAUAGAGCCAGAUUCUGGUCCUGACAACCAGUACACAAAGGUCGGUCUCAAGAGGCCUGGUGCAUCUCCCUAAGAUGUUCAGCACACUGCUAUCAGCACAUAGCUGCAAGGUUAUGGAUUAUUAAAAAACAAACAACAAAAAACAGAUUUUUGCAAUAUCCAAUGAAUAAAAUCUAUUUGCAUUAAUUUUUUUUUAAUAAAACCGCACAAAAACGUCUAAAUUUUCUACUAGAAUUUUCUUCUACAGUACUGUAUUCCAUCUUAAGUUAGUUAUAAUAAGAUUUAGGCCCAAAACCAAGCACUGGAACCAACUAGUUAUUCAGUGCCCAGUUUGUAUGUCUGGUGUUUUCCACUUAAGGUUAUAGAUUUCCUUCCAACUUUGUUAUACAGUACAGUACUGUACUUAGAUUAUAGCUUCAUCUCGCUAUCUUGUGUUUUCUCCAUUAUGAUCCUUUUUUGUCAUUACAAUUUUCUUCUAUCACUGCACCAGUCUGCUCCUUUAUUUCAUCUCUGGUCAAAUUCUCUCUCUCUACUUGGUUAAGUGAUUUGGUUUUUUUUUCUAAGAAAACUAACCCUGCACAUUUGAAUACAGAUUAAAGUUAUCCAUUUCUAUUAAUACUGUACUUCACAUUUAAUAAUUCUUAAAAAUUUUAUUACCUUUACCAUAUUACAAUAUCAAACAGAAUAAAUACAAAUUCCUCUAGUUUUUUAUGUAGUUUUAUAAUAUUAAUAGUAUAAAGAAAACCACUUUUAAUCUUUAUUGUAUUCAGUUUCCCAUUACUGUUCAUUGUUUUAAUUGACUAUAAUUCCCAGCCUCAUGACUGUGCACAUCCUGUUAAAACCAUGUUUAGUGCACUGGAGCUGCCCCCCACACUUUAGUGUCACUUUAACCUGCCCCCCACACUUUAGUGUCACUUUAACCUGCCCUCCACACUCUAGUGUCACUUUAACCUGCCCCCCACACUUUAGUGUCACUUUAACCUGCCCUCCAUCAACAUGAGGCCAACACAUUGAGUAUCCAUUCUUUCAUUCCUUUAUCAAUUCUCUCUUACUUUUGCUUUGCAUUUAUUGCCAUCACUUUCCUUCCAAAAUUAUUCCUUAUUUUAUUAUGUUCCUUAUCCUUUCUUCCUGAUGUAUUUUCUUCAUUUUAUUCUCCACCUUAUCUGCCUUUGUUCUAGUAUAUGUCCUGAAGCUUCACUCCUGCGCCUCUUUUAAAAUGUUUCAAAAUAAAAGAGUGUGGUAGGUGUUAUGUAUGUCUAAGAUUAAUGUAAUGUAGUACAUUAAUAUAUAUAAAGCUUUACUUUGUAUAUUUAAUUGCAUAAAAAUAUUAGUACUGUAGCUAGAUGUAUACAGAUUUUAAAAGUGCAAUAUUAUCCAAUGCUGGUAGGUGCUUAAUCUUGAUAUCUGAAGUUAAAAGCUUUAUUCAAUAUAACUAAAGUUGUUUCUAAUGCAAAAUGUAUUGUAAAUUUCUAAAAUAUAUUGUGCUUAUUGAAA